AUCAAUGUGUUUAUGUAUUAAAAACAAAUAACAUUAUAAUACCCAAACUGAUCACGAAAUGAAACAAGUAAUAGUUUCAUGUAGUGAAGAUAUUUUUUGUCAAAAUUCUUUGCCAUAAAUAAAUUGACUUUGAAAAGAAGCAUAAUAUAUAACUGUCUUUUUGAAUACGCCUCUAUCAAACCAAAGAUGGCUGCCCCCAUGAUGGUAGAAAAAUGGCUCAAAAGGAUAAGAAACAAAACCCAAGAGGAACUGGACUCUCUCUACAGCAGUGUCCUUCAGCUGCUGAACUCAGCUCAGCCAUCAGAGAGAGACCGAAGUGACUGCCUGUCUGAAGUGAGGAAGCUCUUCUUGUAUCUGUCGUGCACGAAAUAUAGAAGACGGUUACCAGAGGAGCUGGUUGACAUGCUAAAAACAAUCCUGACAGAGAAAAACUAUGGAAUAUCACCAGGGGCCAAAGGUCAUAUUUUAUGCAGUGCCAUACUGCAGGAAUAUGCUCCUACUGAGCAGGUGGUCAUUGACAGUUUCAAUCCCCCGGUGGACUUGAAACAGGUGCCGUUCAUCUUGCCAGUCGUAAUGAGUCAGGGCCAAAUGGUGGGGAACAUGGACAAGCUGGUCUCCCAGAUGGUUCGCUGGGUGUCCACUGUCGGAUUUGACAGUGAAGUCCAGGCGAGGGCUCUGGGAUGCCUGGUUACUGUGGUAACACUACACAGGCCUCUACUAUCUGGAGAACAAAUUUACGUUGUGAGUUCUCAGAUCAGUGACUGGUUGAGCCAGGCCAGCCUGUUCCAGGCACCCAAUCCAAAUACAAGAUCAAAGCCCAAGAAAGCAGACCAGGUGACAGAGAUAGAUGGCACCACCUGUCAAGACUUCUUCACCCUGCUGAACCUCAGCCAGUACUACUCGCAGGACCAGCUCCUCAAUCUUCACAGUUUCUCCUGUCUCCGCCAGUGGCUCCUGGGCACCCACUUCUCUGGCACUACCCCCUCUAGUGCCGAUUCCAGCUCAGGCAAGGUGACCCCGGAGUCGCCUGUGAUGCUCCUGUCGUCUGGGAGCUUCGCAACCAAAGCAAGACAAGUUCUGGUGGAGAAGGCCUGUGAAUAUUGUCUAAGAGUCAUAGACCAGUGUGAGAGAAAACCAUUAAAGUUUCAAGAUCAAGAAAUGAUGCAGGCUUGUUUAAUAGAAGCAGUGUCUCUACUUGAUGUCCUGUGUAGCCUCAAUCAUUUCUUGGUUGCCAAAAUCUUCCCAGCCAUCAAAGGAGUUUACAACCACCUGAGUGGUGAAAACAGCCAGCCCCGGGUCUUGCUACCUCUACUUCAGUUCUUCAUUCACCAUAGCGAGAUGGUGGUGUACAAUCCCAUUCCUGCCUAUGAGCAUUUCUUUGGAGAGAUCCUGUCUAGUCACUACACUAAUCCAGUCAUUGCAUUUGAUACCGUCAUGUUCUGCAGGGACAAUCUACAAAAACUCUGUGUGGACACAGACAUAUUGGAGAAAUUCUUCCCCAAUUUGCUGAAGAUACUAGCUUGGAAUCCCCGCACAUUUCUGAUGGAAUUUGUGGACAUUCUGCCAGCAAUGAUAUCACCAUCGACAGCAGUUGAAAUGCUACAUACACUGCUUGACCUCCCGUGCGAGGUCAUGGCUCUGGAGGUCAGCCAGCACACUAGUCGUCCUGGCAACCAGACUCCAGACAACUACCUGAUACCAGAGCCCACAUUAAGAUUGCCACCCACCUUGGAAGCGUACAGGAAUCCCGAGCACAAACCCUGGUUUAACUUCAUCCUUAGAGGGCGGAGCGGACAGGGAGAUACAAUUAGCAAGCUUGGUUUCCUGCACAAGUUGUUGUCUGACACCUCCUCCUAUCCUAGAGUUGUGCCAGUCUCUCAGGCAGUUCCAGUCCUCUUAAGACUUUAUUUCCAGACUGUUGUUGCCAAUGCUGACGGUAGUUUACUUUGUCAGCUUGUUCCAGUCAUGAUGGAACGUGCUGGUCUCCUAUUCAACAUUCCUUCAUUCACUCUAGAAGUCAGAAAGGUGCUAGCUGAUGAACUCUUGGCUAUGUUCAAGCAGUGCCCGGCCCUUAUCAUGGAUCUCAGGACUGAGCUCCUAGACUACGUCGCUACAAUCCGCAACAUCAAUGGCAAAGAGGAUUUCUUCACUCAUGUGGUAUGGAUCAUUGGUGACUACUCUUCCACUGCGUAUGACAGCAGGUGUAAUACGGAGGUCAUCAUUAAAUUUUAUGAGGCUCUCGAGACACUUCUGUAUGAAGUAUCAUCGUUGGUGCAGUCAUCCAGUGCUGGCAGUAUUCCUUACUCUGCUAGAUUACUGACAGUCUGUAUGACUGCCCUGGCAAAGCUGGCAUCUCGCUGCCAAGAUUUGAUCCCGCGAGUGUUGCUAUGCCUUACUAAAGUCUCCCAGCAACAGAUGAAAAGCUGUACAGAAGAUGAACACAAGAAAGCACUGUUGGACCGAGCCAAUGAACUCAUUAAUGUACUCAAGUUGCCUGAUGUUGCGGCAGCUAUCUUGAGUCCAUCCUCAGAGAUCACAGAUGUACACUGGCAUGAAGAUGUCAACACCUCCAUUCCUCUCCUACUGCAGGCAACUCACCAGAUUGUUCAGCAUGGAACGUAAAGCUUGUUGGUGUGGAUGUAUUGUUCAUACAAGUUCCCCGUGCACCAGCUUCUAAAGUAAGAAAGAAGACCAAAUCAAACACGUAGAUGCUUUCUGGUGUGAUUCCCUUGAGAUGAGGAUGAUAUCUACAUGUAUAAUCAUUUGAGUAUGCUCCACGAAUAUGGGCAACUUUGGAAUCUUAAGGCUGUGAAGCUCAACUUAUGCUUCCCUGUUGCUUAUUUCCAAGUUGUUGCCUGGUUACCCGCCCAGUGCGUAGCGCUGUUGCAUUGAGGACUUGAGCCUGUAUUUACUCCAUUGGCUUCUUUUCUUCAUCACAAUCAGGCCUCAGUGAGCCAAAGAGGAGAUGCUGACAUCAUGUUCCUUCACAUGUCUUAGCUUAUUGCAACUGGUGACUUUGGAUCCUUUGCCAGUCUGCCAUCCGUGGUACAGAGGGAGGUAUUAGAGACAAGUAGGGCUAAGCUUGUGGAAGACUGAGAGCUCGUCAGGUGAAUGGUCUUGCUAUUCUCCUGACUAGCGUUGCCUUCCAGUGCUGGAAUUGACCUCAGAGGGCUAGGUUGGCUUUAUCCCAUCGAAUCAAUUCUUCAUUGCACAUUCACCCCAGGCUGGACAUUCUCCGUGCCUCAAACUACAACUCAGUGCUCUCAUAUUUAAUGGAGUUCCACUCCUUUUCUGGAACUUUGGACCGCUUGUCUAAGUGCUUUUCGUUAUAAAUGUUCAACGUUCAGUGACCUGGUCAGUUAUCUGUAGAUGGUGUCCCCCUACACUCCUUGUGCCUCCUCAAAGCCAUCAAUGAGUAGUCAUCAUGAAUAUCCAUCAUUGUGCAGGAAAAAAAAACCUCACACAAACUGUAGACAAGGAAGCUGGCAGCACACCACUGAAAUUUAAAUUCUUUGUUGAGGACACUGAUGAAUCUGAUGGCAGUGAUAUACAACUUAAGUGCAUAGUCAUGCUCCUUCAUUACGCUCACAUGUAUGAAAAACAGUUUCAUAAUAUACACCGACCCAAAAGUGUUGGAACAGAGUCGCUGAGUAAUACGUUUAUAUGAUUUUAUUGAGACAGCAUGGGAUUGUGGGCCUGUAUGCACAAUGAGGCAUGCUGAAGAAAACAAAGUAAAAAGUGUACGUACCUCGAAAGAGGUUACGAGCAGAAUGGUCAUUUGGAAGAGGGUUGGACCAUCCUGCCUUUUGCAUUUGUAGCCUUAUAAUUCCUUCAGAGUCUCUUCUGCAGUUUUGAUGCUUUUUAGUUGGUCUGCCAAAAUGCCCAAUUUGACGUUUACUCUCUUGUCCAGAUAUAUGACAGUUGCCCAGCCAGCUUUGCUGUUGUAAGCAUUUACAAUACGGAUGUUGCAUUUCCAGUCUGCUAUCUGCACCUGGAAUUCUUGCAGCUUUUAUUGGGCCAAAUUUCAGAGUUACCGCAAAACUCGCAAUGUGCAGUGUUGCCUGGUCUGGCUAAGCCCUAUACAAGUUGUGUCUUGAUUGGUUGUCAGAAGCGCACUGAGGCUUCGAGUUGUUGCAUCGUUAGACUGAGCCUGAUCAGUGGACCUAUACAUGUAGCUGCAUAUAAUAUGUAUUCAAUUUACAGAGCACGGAGAGAUGGACACUCAGCGAGUGCAUGAGCUGGAAGUGGGGAUUAGGCAGAAGAGUGCUGUCUUAAAUGGAGAAGUGGACUAUUGUUAGCAAAAGAUAACAAAUGCCGGGGGAAGAAUGUGCUACGGAUGAAUCCUUCAGAAGUCACUUUGACAUUCAUUAGUAAAAGCAAUUAAUCAUCACAACAAAACAUCGACAACAUCAUCAUCAUCACAACAAUCAUCACAUCACAACGAUCAUCACAUCGCAACGAUCAUCACAUCGCACAAUCAUUACAUGCAACAAAAAGGACGGUGCAUUGCUACAGUGUCUUAACAACAAUUAAAUCAAGCAGUGCUGACACAACAUUCUUUCAUGUAAACAAAAGUAAACUAAUACCAAAGGUCGGCUUAUCUGUAACGCUGUACACAGUCUUGAGUUCAUGUGUCCAUGUCCUUGGUGAGGUCAGGGAAGUUCUGGGGUCCCUUGAUGAAGGCAAUGCAGACAGUCUGCAGCUGAGCAGUUGAAGUCUGGUGUGGGGCAAAACAGAUGCUUGGCGGAGUCUAUCAGUUCUAAGGGGGAAGCUCUCCUACGAUGAUGGAUUCGACUCUGGGCACAAUCUCAGGGCCUGGCUGGGCAUGGUUCUUGGUCAAGUUGUCAAGCUGGUUUGAAUUUGGUCGAGGAGCUUGACUUAACAAGUAAUCUUCUGAAUGUUCAUCAAGUAUGGCUAUUCCGUAGCCAUGGCUGGGUUCCGUGGCAUCAGAUGCAACACUGUCUGUUACAGCUGACAAUCAUGUUCCCAAGCGGAGCUCACUGGUUACUGCAUGGCGUCCACUUGUCUGCUCUCGGAUUUUGCAGAAGAAAAUGCUCCCCUUCGACUCAGUCAUCUUGACUGUUAUAGUCAGUGAAAGUCCCGUUACAAAAGGAUUAUCAUAAAGACUAAAAGGACUUACAUAAAGAAUAAAACAAAGGUUCAUAAUACAAAGUGCUGUGUGAGCACAAGCUACGUAAAGACACAGCCUUAUGUAAAAAGGAAAAGUUGCUGUGCUUGCAAGGCCACCGUCCAAAGAGCCAUGCUUGGACAUUGAAGACCAAACUGUAAUUACAAAUGGUGCUUCACGACAACUCCUCUUUACUGAACUUAUUUCGUCUUUACUAAACUUAUUAAUCAAUUAACCAUUCCUUGUAACAAAUGUAAGGGAAUUGGGUCUAGGUGCCAUUUCGGUCUUUACAUUCUUUCUACCCAGCAAAUGAAAUCUACAAAAGAAGACAUUCAUUGAAAGGCUUAAUUUCAUUUUUAACUAAAUCAUAUUCAAAUACUAGAAAUGGAAAAUUAUUGAAUGCUAAUUCAAUAUUGUUAUUUAUGGACAUUUUAUUUGGUUCAUUUUGUUGUGCAGUGCACUGUUUUGUCGGAUAAUUAUCUUUUAAAACACCACGUUUAUAUUGAUGUCCUUAUCUAUGCAUUUUACCGUACCUUCUAUGUUACAAAAAUUUUCUCGACGGAGAAGAUAGGAGUUGCUGACAAAUAAACUUCCAAUGUUUCAAAAACAGAUGGACAAGUCAGCUCUUUAAUCCUUACAUUAUGUUUAAUGUUAAUGUGAAAAUUAUUUUAGAUUGAGCAAAGUGCACAAUUUCUCGUCUUUCUUUGUAUAACAUUUGAUUCCGUUAUAACAUGAAGUGUAAUAAUAUGGGUGACUGUCAUAAGGAAAUUCAAUUUAACCCUGCUUAGCAAAAACCCAAAGUAAUAUUUUUGAAAUGUACCAAUACAUAUAAAAGCAGACACAAGAUCAGUGAGUGGUCAGUGAUUUUCUAUGGAGGCUGUCAGUGAAAUGUUUCUGUUCGUAGCCUUUAGGAAAAGGAUGAGAAAUAACGAGCAUUUUGUCAAACAGUAACAAAAUUAAACAGUUUGGUAGUACUGAAUUUCUUGAUCAGUAUUCUGCUUGUCUUAAGGAGUGUGACAAAAAUUUGUAAUAACUUGUUACCUUCAUUGUUGCAAUUCAAUUGUCAUUUUCAAUUAGAUACGAAAGCAGUAAAUCUGAGUUGCUUAGUUUUUUUCUGCUUCAAAAGAUUA